AUGGAGGGGGUGGUGGAGCUGGAACCCGCCAACUAUGGCCAAGUCAUUGGCCAAUCAAAAUAUGUCUUUCUGGAGUUCUACGCCACGUGGUGCGGCCACUGCCAGAAGUUUGCGCCCGUGUUUGCCAGGCUGGCGGUACUGGUGCAGCAGGAUGCGACGCUGAGGGACAAGGUCAUUCUAGGCAAGAUGGAUAGCGGGCACAUCCGAGAACUUGCGUCGGACUUUGGGGUGACCGGUUAUCCCUCCCUCUUUUUGGUGCAACCGUUUCAGAAGAUGGGGUUUUUGUACAAAGGCUGGCGAACCGACGACGCGAUGAUGGACUACCUAAGAGGGGCUGUCAAGUAG